AUUCGACAAGUGACAAGUGACAAGUGAUCGAACUGACACAUUUUUAUCUAUUAAUCAAUAGUUCUUGGAAUUUUGUUAUAUUUCUUAAAUUGUUAAUUAGGUACAUUUAGGUAGAAAUAAAUAAUUGUGUAUGUGUGUAGGGUGAAAAAUGAGAUGGGAGUCCCAACUUUGGUUUUGUCAAGGUUGCCUUAUAUUCUAUUUGUUGUGGGGUGUUUUGGCAGAAUUAGGUAACCCCUACCAAAUACUUGGGGUUCAUAGAAGGGCUUCUCAAAAAGAAAUCAGAAAGGCAUACAAACAAUUGGUCAAAGAAUGGCAUCCCGAUAAAUCUAAUGACCCUGCUGCUGAAGAGCGGUUUGUAGAAAUCAAAUUAGCAUACGAACUACUUUCGGAUCCUGACCGAAGAAAGCGGUAUGAUGAUAAGGGCAUUACUGAAGAUGAUUUUUAUAGAAGGCCGGAUCACCCUUCUUUCCAAACAAGCCAUCCCUUUGAAGAUCUUUUUUCACAGCACGGAGCCUAUUUCAAUUUUCAAGAAAAUGACAUUACAUUUUUCCAUAAGUUAUCCAUAACAACAAGACAAUAUGACAAAAUUGUUGUUCCAAAGAGUCAGAAAAUUCCGCAUCUCGUGUUUUUUUACACCGAUUGGUGUUUUCAGUGCGUACAGACUGCUCCGUACUGCCGUAAAUUAGUUGAUAAUCUGGAACCUUUAGGAAUAAACUUUGUGACGGUUCAUUCAGGCAGAGAACCAAAAUUAGGUAGAAGACUUAGCAUUCAUACAUUACCUUGUUUGGUCCUUCUAUUAGACGGUGAUGUAUUCGUUUAUAAGGAGACUAUAACUAGUAUUCAAAAAAUAAUUGAGUUCAUAAGGAAUAAAAUGCCGUAUAAAAUGCUUCCAAAAGUCAACAAAGAUGAUGUUGACAGUUUUCUUAAUGGCUGGGGGGAUAACAGAGUGAGAGGGUUGAUAUUUGAACCGAGGAGUACCAUGAGAUUGAGAUAUUUGGUCACUGCCUACCAUUUUCGGCAAAGACUAGCUUUUGGUUUUGUAGACUCUCAAGAAAUUCGAGAUAGGUUUCAAGUACCACAAGACAUGGACACAGUUCUGCUGUUUAACGAAAAUACAUCCUACCCAAUGGCUAGUGUUUCGAUGAAAGAAAUCCCAACAUCAACAUUGAACCAUAUCAUCUCAUCCAAUCAAUAUUUGGCACUUCCAAGACUUUCAUCUCAGGCCGUUUUAGAAGCCUUAUGUCCCAGUGAAUGGAAUAGACCUAGAAAGAAGCUUUGCGUGGUCUUAGUGACCUCUUCGUCUCGAAGUCAUGAUGUCUACAGACAAUCUUUUAGAUCUUAUGCAAAGCAAGCGCCAUUCAAUUCUGAAAAAGUUCGGUUCUCUUAUAUAUAUCAAGACGCACAGUCGGAGUUUGUAAAUUCACUAGUUCCAGAAGGAGAAAUAAUACAACCUUUAUUGAGAAUUGUUAUUCUAUGGAGGAAAGACACCUCUCAUGUGAAAUAUGAGUGGAUCCCUGGAAGGUGGGAGAUGGAAACAAAUUUAAGCGACACUACUUUAUCUUUGGAGAAAACAUUAAUUCGUUUGUUGAGAUCUAACGAGGUGCUUACAAAUGAAGCAUUUGUUAAGGAUUUAUUUGAUGAACAUGCGAAGGGCAUGAUUGAGAAAUUGUUUGUACGUUUUGUGCAAUUCAUGGAGACAACCUACGAGGGCCUGGGUAAGGAGCAGAUCCUUGCUGUCGUCUCCAUUUUGGGAACAAUACUUUUCAUACUAGCAAUAGGAUAUUUCAUGGCGUACUUAGUUCGUAUAGAGGAAGAAAAUAUUCAAAGACAGAAAGCCAAAACGGGCAACAACAAUAACGAAAGCACGAACUCGAACUACCAGCCUGAGUUGCGUUUGCAUGAGUUGCGAUCUGAGACCUACAAUGCCUUAGUGCGAUUACUGAAGCCUGGAUGUCGCACCAUUAUUCUUGUUUUGGACAUGCAGUCUAGGGAGCAGUUGAUGCCACCUUUUCAUAGAGCUGUAUGGCCGUAUAGAAAAAAUAAGACAUUGAUGUUUUCCUACAUGUACAUUGAAAGGGGCCUUAAAUGGUACAAGGAGCUAUUGCAGCUGUCUUUACCAGAAGAAACGGAAUUGAAUAUCAACCCUCGAAAUUGUGUGGGUACAGUGUUGUCUCUGAACGGACACAGGAAAUAUUUUUGUGUGUUCCACGCCAAACACACAGAGAGAAAAAAGAAAAAGGGAGCAAAAGUUGUGAGUAGUGUACCUAAAGAAAUAGACUGCGAAGGAGGAGCCUUUAUCGGAUUUCAAAAUUCUGAUACUUCCGACUCAGAAGAUGAGGUUAUACUCCAAGGAAGUUUACUGGACGGAUUUUCCAAUUGGUUGGACCGUCUUUUUGAAGGUUCUACACAGCGUUUCCACAUCAAUUAUUGGCCGGAGUUUCCUAUUAAAUAAAAAAGCUGUCGGUAAAGCUUUUGGUUUUCGUUAACAAACCAUUUUAUUGGUUGCGAUAUAAAAUUGAGUUUCAUUUAAUGUUUGAAACAGGCAAAAAAACCAAGCCUUCCAGUAUUUUUCAGUGCUCUUUGCAUUUGCCAAAGAUUGGUUGAUAGGAAAUUUUGGUUUCCGAUUGUUUCUGUUCAAGUCCCUGUUGUAUGGAAAUAUUGUUUACAAUGCCUUUGUGAGGGGUGUUAUUGUCCAAAAUAGUUGGACUUUUUGUUAUGAAACUUUAGAUUUAGUGCUGAACUGAUUAUUAAUUGCUGCUCAAUUUUGGUUUGUUAUCAAUUUAAAUUACAAAUUCUAGUUUUUGCUGUGAAGGUGAAAGAAGUGACAUAUAGAUAAAAGUUAUCAUUGUUAUUAGUACAGCUGCUUUGUAUUUUCAGAAAGUCCUUCACAUUCUAAAUAUUUUAUAAUAUGCUGUGUAAGCAUAUGUGUAAGCUGUGUAAGCAAUGCUGAAAGUUUGAAACUCAUCUAUAAACAUUUGAACAUAUUUGAAAAAAAAAAAUAAUCCAAUGUUCAUAUUAAAUACCAGAACUAACAUAUUCAAACGAUUCGGUUAAAAAAAGGAUUAAAUCAUAAAAAAUAAACAAUGAGUAUUGAAUUUGAUACGUUAACCAUCCAAAUGAAACGGUUGUAUUUUGCCAGUCAGGUCCCUACAUUUCACUAGAUGGCUACUUUGUAAUUGUCUAAUUUCAAUGUCACAAAAAUUUUAUUUUACUUAUUUCUCUCCCUUCUCCAAAAACGCUUUGAAUUUGAGACUCAACAGUAGGCUCUCGAGACCUGUGGCGCGAGUGAACCAUAUGGGUCAGAAGGUUACUCUCAUAUUCUACAUAUUGCGGCUUGAUCCGCUUCUGGUGUUAUUAGUAGUUCGACGUGUCGGCUUCGACUUUGAAGCCAUUUUCAAUAAGCUACCCCCCCUACACUUCCUACUCCCUAGUUUUGUUGACCGUCCAUCAAGUCACAAAACUCCUAAAUUGUGUUACUACCUGAGGAGUAUGCAGAUUGAGACCUCCAUGUAGUCAUAGUUUCUUGAAAAUGGCGAAGCCGGAUCGUCGAACAGCCAAAAAUUCUGAGGCGGUUCAACUCGGACUUCAGAUUGAUUGCUGACCACGGAAACCUUUCGAAAUACACACACACACAAUCUAUAAGCUACAAUGAAAUAUAUGCACUGAGUGCCUAAACCCAUAUUGAGCGAUGAGAGCCAUAUGCAAGGUCACAGGGCUUUAUGGCAAACUAGUUACGUGGACCACAUGUCAGUUCACAUGACAAUCAACAUGUGAAAAAUAUGAGAAUGCUAACUUCUGAAGAAAACAAAUUAUUGUGACCUGACAUGGAUAUGAAUUAAUAAACGAGAUAAACAAUAAACGGAGUGUUAAUAAAUUUUGUAAGUUGAACGAAAUAAUGAUGAAAAAAUAAAUAAUAAGCUAUUACUACAAGCUACUUCAUGACAUUUCGGUUGUUACUAUCUGCAAUCAUCUUCAGGCGAUAACUAGUGUAUUUCUGAAUGAUUUUUUUCAAUGUUAAUGACAAGAUCUUGAAAAUAAUCACAACUCCUCAUUGGUGUUUGUAGGAAUGAUUUUCUUGAAAAAUGAGUGCCAUAAUUGAAAUGAUGAGGCUUGUUCCUUUUUGUGUUCAGUAACAAUACCUUGAAAGAAUAAGUUUUGUGGACUUUUGUAGAUUUAGUGUAGUAAAGGGCGAUCUGAAAAAGUUUCAGUCACGUCAUCAUCAGAUCUACGGUUGAAGAGUUUUGAAAAUAAAUAUAAUUUGGAAGUGUUCUGUUCUUGAGCGGUUUCUGGGACGAAUCAAGAACAUAUGCUAUGACCCUUUUGCCAGCAGCGACAGAGCUCUUCUACAAGUUUUUCACAGCUUAGCAAUUCAAGUGAGAUGAGCGUUCUUCCUUCAGGAUAACCAUAAAUCUUUUUAUACAUCAUCUUAUAAAUAUGGCUGAUGAAUAUUCAACGAUAAUUUCAUUUUAUUCUAGUCAAAUACUAUUUAUAUAAUCUUAUAAACUAAUAGAGAAUAGACUUUGUAUGAAUAGUUUCACUUUCAUAUUGGAAAGUUUUCAAGUGGAUUGUUAGCUAGACGAGGUAUCAAAAACUACACUUAAUAGGGGUAGAAGCAAUUUUAAAUGAACAACAUCUUUUAGUAAUCAUUAUUUUGUGUGCUUAACUUAUUGAAUAUAUAGUGUUAUAAAUUCAGAUCUAGUCAGCAUUUGUAUUGAAUUCCUGAGUGUUUUGAGUGGUGACUUGUUCUGGUACAAUUAUUGUGUACAAAAAUUUGUUUUAAUUCUUGUAAAUAUAUUCAGUGUUUGUGUCACAUGUUUAGUACAAAAUGAUCUGAUUUGGUUAAUAAUCUUGUGAUUUUGUUUUUAUUAUUUUUUGUAAUAGAAAUCGAGUUAGGUAGGACUCUUUUUAGUUCGGCUCCAGUGCCAUUUUGCUAAACGAUUCGUAAUAUAUAAUUCUUUUGA